AACGCACCAUAAGCGAGAGAUUACAUGUCUUAUUUUUAUAUAUUUUUUCAAUAUGUGUGUGUGUGUGUGUGUGUGUGUAUGUAUAACCUAAAAAUGGGUGACAUAUCAAGCUGGGAAGACGUAGAAAAUGAUCAAUUCUUUAAACAACUAUUGACUGCCGACUCUAAGAAAUCUGACUUUACUCCACUGUUAUCAGUGGCUCAACAACUAAACAAGCUAGGACAAGCUAUCGAUGUGUUAAAUGCCGAGUUGCAGAAACAAGUACUUGCCAAUCACGAGGAUUUAUUAUCUCAGGCAACAUGGGUCGAAAAGUUGGAAGGAGUGCUUUUUAUAAUGCAAUCUCAUAUACAGAGUCUUUUAUCAGCAGUUGAGCGAUUACGUGGGAAAAUAGUUGAUCCAUUUAAUAGAAUUGAGAUGCAAACAAUUGUACUGGCACGGCUUCACGAGACUUCUGAUCUUCUGAGAAGGGUUGCCAGAAUGCAACAUUUAUCAAAACGUUUAAAUUCUCAAAUGAAUAGUAUCACUCAAGGUCCAGAUAUUGUUAAAGCUGCUAACAGUUUGCAUGAACUUGAACAAUUAAUGGCAGACACUGAUCUAAAUGGCCUAGAUGUAAUAGCCGAUGAUCAACAGGUUAUAAAAGCUCAAAGAGCUACUGUACAAAGAAUAGCCACUCAUACAUUAACACAAGGUUUACAGGCAAUGAACAGAACAAAGGUAAGCACAGCUGUGCAGGUUUUUCAAAACUUGGGAAUAAUUGACGGAGCUGUGGAUACAACUAUAGAGUCUACCCUUUCUGACAUAGAAAGAAUUUCUACAGAAUCAUUGAAUGUAUCAUUGAUGACAAAUCAAGAUUUUGGUAAACGUGGAGCACCUGGCAGAGCUGCGAUUCCGUCGCCUGGAUCGUCCGGAAAUUUACGCACAAAAAUUUGGGAAAAUUUAGAACGACUUUUUCAAGAUAUUUUAUAUACACAGUGUUUGCAGAUUGAGUUGUUGCAAAGAGUACUGUUGGAACAUCAUGCAAAAGGUUUUCACAAUUUAUCCGAGAAAUUUUGGGAUAAAGUAAACGCCCUGCUCGCAAAAGUCUUAGUUGAACGUGCUCAAGGAUCGUCGUUCGUCAAACAGGCGCUAGAAGGAGAAUAUCCAAAAUUUUUAAGAAUAUUUUUGGAUUUGAGUAAACGCUUGAGAGAAAGAUCUCAUAGUAUUGGGAUUUACGGCAUAGAUCGGAAUGUUUUAUUACCCUUUGAAAAUGCAUAUUUAUCGCGUUCAGUAUCUCGGCUUCUGGAUCCAGUACACAAUAUGUUUUCUGGAGAAGGCUUACCGACACAUGAUGAAAUUGACAGUCUUAUUCGUACAAUUACAAAUGAACUGAGUGUAUCAUUGGUGGACGAUGGACUCUCGACUGUAGUGUCUCGUAAUGUAGGGAAAGCAAUAAGAUUAUUCUGUUUAAAAUGUGAGCAAAGUGUUGUGACCGGUGGCGAAGCCAGCCAAGUAAUCGAUUCUCCUACCACUGGUCAGCAGACAAAUAUUACACUCGCAAAUCUUUUGCAUUAUCUCGCAAAUCAAAUGAAUCGCGUGAUAGCGAAUCUAGCGGGAGGAUUAUCCUCCGAAGGGAGCGCUAUUAUUACCAUGGCACUCAAAGAGACAGACACAUUAACGAAAAGUGUGCUCACGCCGCUAUUAACUUCUAUUAGCGAUGCAAUCGAAAGCAUCAUUUUAACGAUGCACGAUGAUCCUGAAUUCAGAGAGAUUAGUAGCCCUUUAGGAAAAGAAAUCGGCUGUUCUCUUUACAUGCGAGAAUUACAAGGCUUCAUUUUACGAUCUGUGAAUACAUUCUUAUUACCGUACAAAAAUCAAUUGAUUGUAGCUGAAAGUUGCAAAACCGUCGUAUCGAGAUGCAUAGAAUUAUUUGUGCGCCAUGCCUGUUUAUUAAGACCUCUAACUGAUUUUGGGAGAGCAAAACUUUUAGCAGAUUUCGCUCAGAUGGAAGUAGCAGUGACACCAUUGUGCCGUGGUGGCCAGAUGAGUUUACUCGAACAACAACAAUAUAGAACUUUGCGGGCGCUAAGAACUUUACUUCCUCUCAAUCCCGAGGAGAUGGUGGAUAGAAUUUUGGAAGGACAAGGAGAGAGCAGCGUGCCACCAUCUCUUAUUCUCCUGCAUCUAUUUUCUGGUGCACCACCCGAACUAGCGUCACCACAUCAGAGCGCCGGAUGGUCGAUAAGCCGGUUAUCUCAAUGGAUGGAUAAUCAUCCGAGUGAAAGAGAUAGAUUAACCCUAUGUAGUGGACCAUUAGAGCGUUAUCAAUUAACAGUUCGACAGCAAAAUCUUCCAUCGUUCCAUCCUUUAUUUCCACAGAUGAUGAAAUUGGUUAACUUGAGAGAACAUUCAAGUCAAUAA